AUGUACAGUGAAAAAGGAAAUGCAAUGCUACAAACGCAGAUUCGACAGAGAGCCUUUCCAUCCGUGGACGUUUUGCUUCCACCAGCUGUUGACUGCUUCUUCACACUUCUUGCAGUCGGUGUAGCGAAUGCCGAGUCUGUUGUGACCGGAUCCACUGGGAGGUUCUUGGGGGAGUUCGAGACCGCCGGAACUUCGUUGAAGAUGGCGUUUCGGCUCGUCUUGGAUUGUCUACAACAACAGGUUUCGAGACGAAUAUGUAGCACUAUAGUUAGGAGAACGUACUGUAACGAAAAAACCUUUAAAUCUCUUCUCGCUGACACUCGUGUUGUUAGUCCAUUUGCGGACCCUUCGAGAAGCACUGUGGUCCCAGCGGUCACAAAUGGUGCCAAAUAUUUUUCUGUUGCACAAGAGCAACCUAACAAAGAUCAUGAAAGUGCUGAAAAACGGAAGGAUCUAGCACGGCCUUCUGUUUCGAAAUCCGAACCAGUGGUAGAAAAGGGAAAAGAAGAGCCAAAGAAAUCAACAAAGCCAGAUGAAGCAGGAAGACUAUCGGCUAUUGAAGAAUUGAAUUUACUAAAGGAGACUUUGUCGAAGGCCGAACAGCAGUCCGAAUCUGGUGGAUCAAAAGGAGCUGAUGACGAGCAUACAUUUGACGAGGAGGCAGAGAAGGAAAGGCGACGUAAGCGGUUAGAGCGUAACACGCGUAUUGGUGGAGCUAUACUGUUCGGAAGUAGCAUUGCUGGUCUAGUUACCUUCUGUUUGUACUAUGGCCGGAGUAAACGUGAUGAAGCGGGGAAUAUUGUUCCAGACGAAUUUUCUGGGUCAUAUCUUGCGCCUUUCUAUCGCAUCGCAAAUAGCUUUAAACUUUGGAGAGAUUUUGUGGUUGAGCCAGCUAGAGAACAAUUGCUUCCCGAUCCCCUGCCUCAUCCAUACAUUCAACCAAAAUAUACUUUAGUCAUAGAAAUGAAGAAUGUUCUGGUUCAUCCAGAUUGGACAUACAAAACUGGGUAUCGAUUUGCUAAACGACCAGCUUUGGAAUACUUCCUUGAUGUUGUCGGCUAUCCUAAUUUUGAGGUUGUAAUUUACACAAGCGAGGCCAUGAUGACGGCCCAUCCUGUCGUUGACUCCUUUGACCCCAAACAACGUAUAAUGUACAGGUUAUACAGGGAUUGUACUAAGUACAUGCACGGACAACAUGUCAAGGAUUUAUCAAAACUGAAUCGUGACCUCUCUAAAGUUAUUUUCAUUGAUGUGGAUGCUAAGGCGGGUCAGUUAAAUCCAGAAAACAUUCUACUUGUGCCAGAAUGGAAGGGUAACAUGGACGACACUUCGCUCGUCGACCUUGCCGAACUGCUCAAGACGAUUCACUUAUCUGAUGUAGAAGAUGUACGACCAACGCUUCAGUAUUAUUCUCAGUUCCCUGAUCCAGCAAAAGAAUUCCGGCGGAGAGCGAUCUAUCUAGCAGAACAGGAGGAACAGAUGAAACACCAAAGAGAAGAAAGUAGUCAUUCGUUAUUGAAGAAGUACUCCGGACGCCUAUUCGGGUAUAGGCGACACGCACCGACCUAA